GGUGGAGUCACCCCGGGGCCUGGACGGGAACCUGGUGGGGUCAGCUUCCGUCAAGCGGCCUGGAUCAUGGCUGUGUGGGGAGUGGGAGGCCGCCUAGGCCUGCGCGGGUGCCUCGGCGCCGGCAGGCUCCUAAGUCCCCGUUUCCAGAGCCGCGGCCCUCAGGGCGUGGAAGACGGGGACAGGUGGAAAGUUUUUAAUAAAACAACAUAUCAGGAAAACAAAAUCUUAAUUUGGGCUGCUCAACAUCUUUUCACAGGGUUUUCUAGCACCUUCACUGGAGAAAGGAGACCCAAAGAUGACCAAGUGUUUGAAGCCGUGGGAACUACAGAUGAAUUAAGUUCAGCUAUUGGGUUUGCUAUGGAAUUAAUCGAGGAAAAGGGCCACACCUUCACUGAAGAGCUUCAGAAAAUCCAGUGCGUGCUGCAGGACGUCGGCUCCGCCCUGGCGACACCGCGCUCCUCGGCCAGGGAAGCUCACUUAAAGCACGCUGCAUUUGCACCAGGGCCCAUCCUGGAGCUGGAGCAGUGGAUCGACAGAUACACCAGCCAGCUGCCCCCACUCACGGCUUUCAUCCUGCCCUCGGGAGGCAAGAGCAGCUCUGCGCUGCAUUUCUGUCGGGCCGUGUGCCGCCGCGCUGAGAGACGCGUGGUGCCUCUCGUCCAGAUGGGAGAGACGGAUGCCAACGUGGCCAAGUUCUUAAACAGACUCAGCGACUAUCUCUUCACGUUGGCCAGAUACGCAGCCAUGAAGGAGGGGAAUCGAGAAAAAAUCUACAAGAAAAGCGACCCAUCGGACUGAGCCUGAGACUGGGCCUGAGGCCUUUCAAAAUAACGGAAAGGGGGAGCUUUGUGGACCCCUCCGUGGCGAUGGCGGGGAAGGGAAGAGCUUGCUCUUCCCGUGUCCUGGUUCCCAGAGAUCGCCCCAGAGGGGCAGGAAGCAGGCCUCUGUCCCGGCUCAGCUUUGCUGCACACCCGCUGCCACUUCCCUCCAGGGACCGUGGCCCUCUGAGGAUGCUGCCCCGACCCCCAGGCGCCCCUCGGUCUUGGAGGAAAGUGGGAGUGAACUCGGUAUCGCCGGUAAGGAUGGUAAAGUGCCACAACGAGGAGCCCUGUGGAAAAACGAAUAAAAAUGGGAAGG